AUGUCUACGUGUUUCUGCAUUGCUCUGUAUAUAUUUAUAUAUACGUAUGUGCAGAUGUUGCUCCUGUUCUUUACUGUGUUCUGUUUCUCCUUCACUGCGUUGGCGCUUUCCUUCAAAUUUCUUUAUAUAAUUUACUUUUUUUUUGUCGGCACAUCCUCCUUUCGAUCAGUUUGGGCUUAUGGGAUGGACCCUGCCGAUCCCACGGCGUCUGAAUGUGACAAAAUCAGUAGCAUCGUGUCGAGGUUAGAAAUGAAUGAGAAGCGUCAACAUGAACUGAUGCUCCAAAUCAGCGCAUGCGAAGCCCGCAUUAGGGCUAUUGAAGCUCAUAUGUCUAGGAAUUCCGAUGAGGUGCCGAAAAAAUCAUUAGAUUCACAAGUUAAUGAUCGCAUGAAAACCGAUGAUAGAAAGCAGGCGGUGGCUGUAACGGAGGAAAGGAUAUGCGAUUACUGUCUUAUUUUCACGCAGUGUUGGUCAUGCCCGGCUUGUGGACGUGAGUGGUACUGCAGUAGCCGAUGCCAGCGCUUAAGGACUUACCUUCAUGGGCCAUUUUGUGGUUGUCAGAGACCUGCGGUUGCAUAG